AGGGGUACCUCUCCGAAGGCCUGGUGACCAAGUGGUACCGCUCCCCGCGCCUCCUGCUGUCUCCCAACAACUACACCAAAGCCAUCGACAUGUGGGCAGCCGGCUGCAUCCUGGCCGAGAUGCUGACCGGGAGGAUGCUCUUCGCUGGGGGCCACGAGCUGGAGCAGAUGCAGCUGAUCCUGGAGACCAUCCCCGUGAUCCACCAGGAGGACAAGGAGGAGCUGCUGAAGGUGAUGCCCAUGUUCAUCAACAGCACGUGGGAGGUGCGGAAGCCGCUGCGCAAGCUGCUGCCCGAGGUGGACAGUGAAGCCAUUGAUUUUCUGGAGAAAAUUCUGACAUUUAACCCCAUGGACCGGCUGACGGCCGAGAUGGGCCUGCAGCACCCCUACAUGAGCCCCUACUCCUGCCCCGAGGACGAGCCGGUGUCGCAGCACCCGUUCCGCAUCGAGGACGAGAUCGAUGACAUCCUGCUCAUGGAGGCCAACCAGAGCCAGAUGUCCAACUGGGACAG